UACUCCAGAUCUUGUGCUUUGUUUACUCCUCUGCUGGCUGCUGCUUCUAUGAAGAAAGAAACAGAGACCUAUGGCCACUUCUCGGCUUAUAUAAGUUUAUUUAUGCUGACGGGGUUCUUCCACACGCCAUAAUAGGAGAGGAAUAAAUAUUGCAGCAUCUGUCUUGAAGUAGCAGAAGCAUCCACGCAUCUGUUCUAAGGAUUCAGGAUUUAGGAAUGACCAAGCCUGAGUAUGCGUAUUUCCGUUAAAAUUAUUCAGUAAACAAGGGUUCGGUGACUAAAAAUCCAAAUGAUGAAGAGCUUGUUGGAAGUAUUUAAUGAGUGGGAGAUCCAACAACUUGUGCUUCUUAGCUUUAUGCUACAGAUGUUCUUGUUUGGUACUGGCGGCAACCUUCGGCAGCGUAGCAGCAACGCGCUCCUUAGAGGCACCAUCUGGAUAGCUUACCUCGGGGCAGACAUGGUAGCAGUUUAUGCCUUGGGUUUUCUCUCAAAGAAUGAAGAGCACACCACCCAAGAGUCUGGCACACUAACAGAAAACCAUCCGCUGGCCUUCUUCUGGGCUCCUUUCCUCCUCAUUCAUCUUGGUGGACAGGACACCAUAACUGCUUUUGCGAUCGAGGACAACAACUUGUGGUUAAGGCAUUUGCUGAAUUUGAUAAUCCAAGUGGUCCUAGCCCUGUAUGUCUUUUGGAAGUCACCUGGUUGGCGCAAUGUGCAGCUUCUUGUUCCAGGCGUAUUUCUGUUUGUUGCUGGAAUCAUCAAGUAUGCGGAGAGGACAUUGGCUCUCAAGUACGGGAUCAUCAGUGGCUUCAAAGGCGAAGGAGGAAAGAAGCCUAACCUAAAUCAGGAUGCUAGCUACUCUAGCAUUGUUCGUUUUGCCCUGGAUUCAUCACCGAGCAUCCGACAUCUAUUCGCUGGACAUAAGCCAUACCAGAUACAAGGCUUCGAAGCAAUCUUUCUCGCAGGACACGUACUGAAUGAAGCACAGUUGGCCAAGCUGGUUAAUGUUGAACUUGGUAUCAUGUAUCAUGAUCUCUACACCAAGGCUGCGGUGCUGCGGACAAGGAGCGUCACUGUGCUCCGCUGCAUCUCUCAAGUAUCGGCUACAGUUGCUCUUGUGCUCUUCUGUACCAGCGAUAAGCGACGGCACAACAGAGUCGACAUUUUAAUCACCUACAUAUUAUUUACCGGAGUCCUGUUGCUGGAAGUUUGUUCUGUGCUAAUGAUGGUGAUGGUGUCACCUUGGACUUGGGCCUGGUUGAAGGACCAACAGAAAUGCCGUUGGCUCGCCAACAUAUCGUGGACUCUUGUAUCCAGCAACAUUAUUGGAUGGCCAGAGGAGAGGCCAUUGUGGUCGAACAGCAUGGGGCAAUACAGCUUCCUGAGCUACAUGGGAUGCGAGGAGAAGCCGAGUAGCCUGCCAGGAUGUGUGAUGAGACUGAUCAGGAAGGUGGCACGAGCAUUUGGAGCUGGUGGCGAGGACAAGGUGCUUUGGAUCAGCAAGCUGUUAGAUACCAAGUGUGAGGCCGUCGAUAAGGAGAUCACAGAAUGUAUUGCCAAGUGGAUCACAUCAUAUGGCGGCAUGGAUAGAUCGAGCAGUGCAAGCCAGCAACACUGGCCUCAUCUCGGCCAGUUCCUGAAGAAUCGCAUGAUGGAGGGCGUCGCCGAUUUCAGUGGUUUCGUAGUCUGGUUGCAUAUCUUCACGGAGGUAUACAUGAGCCACGUUGGCACCAUGGAUAAGGACAUGGUUGCUCUGGCUGGUGUCUGCCGAAAACUAUCCAACUACAUGUUCUACCUGGUAGUUGCACACCCAGCUUCCAUGGUGCAGGCCACCGCCGGCAAUCCGGAACUAGCACUAGAAGCAAUGCGGAAGGUUGUUAAGGAAAGAUCAAACUACAGCGACAAGGCUGCCGUUCUGCGAAGUUUUAAGGAGGCCUUCCUCAGCGGCGAGGCGAUUCAGGACAUGUUGACGUCGACGUGCAGAGAAGCGCUAGAGGAAAUAAGAGAUAUGUGGGUGAGGCUCAUUGUGUACACCGCCGGGAAGUCCCGGCCAGAGAUGCACGCAGCGCAGCUGGCCAGAGGAGGAGAGCUCCUCACCUUUGUCUGGCUGCAGAUGGCGCACAAGAUGCUCGGUGAUGCAGGGGAGCACAUUAUCGAGCUUAUAAAUACACGCACUGCUCCCAGCCUUGAGAUACUGUACGCCUUCGAUUUCCCUCGACAUGAUUGACGACAAAUUAAGCGGUGUGGAAACUGGAAAUUAGGCUUAUAUAUUUGUCAUUUUAGGCUAAUUUCUUUGUUUCUGGUUACCUUGCUUAUGUUGGUUGCUCAUGGCUCACAGCUUGGAGAUGACCUGUUGUUACGCUGGAGGAACUUCAUACCAGAUGCAUCUGCAGAUCCUUCCAUUGCUUUGUCAUCCCUCUCUGGAUCUUUUAA